UCGUCGCCCUCUCUCUGUUGGAGAUCUCCCGCCAAAAAAAAUGAGAAUCGCCGAGAUUUCGACGCCGGAGCUCCGGCAAAUCCACCGUGAAGCCGAGCCUCAAGCUCACCAUCCUCUCCUCUCCGAGAUCGAGCUCUCCAUCCACCAAGCCGAAUCUGUCUCCAAGGAUCACCCUCCCACCGAGUCCCUUCCCUCUUCUCUCAGGCAAGCGCUGACUCGGCUGAGUCAACUCGCUCCCUUCCCCAGCAACUCUUUCAAGCUCCACCUAUGGAAGCUCAGCUUUCGCCUCUGGAACGCCUGCGUCGACCUCUCCAACGCCGCUUCCCUACGCUCCUCCUCUUCCGCCGCGGCGGAGAUCAUUGCGAGUUUAAGACAUGUCGCCGCCGAUAUGCUCUUUCUCUCCAUUGAUGUCACCGGAGUCCCGUCUCCGAUGAUCAAGUGCUCUCUCUUCUACCACAGGACCGGUCUCAUAUGGAUCAAUCUCAAAAAUUUCGAUCUCGCCUCGAAUUGCUUCGAGCGAGCGACCGAUAUCGUUUCGAAGAUCGAUAUCGGAAAAAUUUCAGACGCUGGAGAGAGGAAAUUGAUUCUAGAUCUGAAUCUAGCGCGAUCGCGCACUGCUUGGGAAGUUUCUGAUCGGAAUCUGGCUGUGACACUGCUGCACCGNGCGAAGAACUUUCUGUUUGGUUCACCUGAUCAUUACAAAUCCCUCUCGAAUCAAUUCCUAGCGUUCGGCAAAAGCGCUUUGUCCAGAGACGAUACGGGAAGCCUAAACGAGGCUUUGAGGCUCAUGAACGAAGCUCUUGAUCUCUGUGAGAAGGGGCUUGGUGCGGCAAAGACCAGGGAAGACACCAUGGAGUUUUUGGGGAUGAGAACCAAAACAUUGCGUUUUAUUUCGGCCGUACAUUUGCAGAAGGGAGAGUACGAUAGUGUGAUCAAGUGCGUGAAAGUUCUCAGAGAUGGAGGGGGUGGAGGAAAUGGCGGUGAUGGAGCAGAUCAGCAUGCUUCAUUGCCUGUGCUGGCGAUGAAAGCUUGGUUGGGCCUUGGGAGGUACAGUGAGGCAGAGAAGGAGCUGAGGGGUAUGGUGGGAAACAAGGACAUUCCUGAGGGAGUGUGGGUGUCUGCAGUGGAAGCUUAUUUUGAGGCAGUUGGAACCGCUGGUGCAGAGACUACAAAGGGCGUGUUCUUGGGUCUGUUGGGGCGGUGCCAUGUGAGCGCCAAGGCAGCGCUUAGAGUGGCCCAUCGGGUCCUUGGAGAUAGCAGUGGAGGAGACCAUGGUUCGAGUGUUAGGGCCAAGGUUGUGGCUCAGCUUGUGUCAGAUGAGAGAGUAGUGGCUCUCUUUGCGGGUGAGGCAGUGGCUAAGGAGAGGAAAGCAAUGCAUGCUGUUCUGUGGAAUAGUGGUUCAGAUCACUUCCAUGCUAAAGACUAUGAGACGAGCGCAGAUGUGUUCGAGAAAUCAAUGCUUUAUAUUCCACAUGACCUUGAGAAUAGAGUUUUCAGGGCCAAAGGCUUCAGGGUACUGUGUCUUUGCUAUCUUGGGCUCUCUCAGCUUGAUCGAGCUCAUGAGUACAUUGAAGAAGCUGAAAAGCUUGAGCCCAACAUUGCGUGUUCUUUCCUUAAGUUCAAAAUCUACUUACAAAAGAAAGAUCACAGUGGAGCGAUUGUUCAGAUCGAGGCAAUGACAACCUGCCUUGAUUUUUCUCCAGAUUUUCUUUCCCUCUCUGCCCAUGAAGCUAUUUCUUGCCAAGCGCUCCCUGUUGCAGUUGCUUCUCUCUCCAAGUUCCUCAGCUUCUUUGUCUCAGGAAAAACGAUGCCAACAACGGAAGUUGUGGUGUUUCGUACCUUGACCACAAUACUGAUUCAAGACAGCGGAAGUGAAACUGAAGCCCUCAAUUUUUUGCUGCAAGCUUAUAGCCGGGCAUCGAAGCUCGGGAUUGAUUGUUUCUUUGGAGGAGGGGAGACCGGAAGACGAGAGCAGAACUGGUUUGCUGUUACUUCGUGGAAUGUCGGUUCAAGAUGUGGGAACCAACAGAAGUACGAGCUCUGCGCUGAAUUCUUGAGGUUGGCAUCAGAAUUUUACAGCUAUAUGGCAAAUAGUGAGCCCGGGGAAAACGAAAUCAUGAUUUGCAAGUCGAUAAUAUUAAGUGUAACUGCUAUGGUAGCCUGGGAGAAGCAAAGCAAAACUACAUUGACAGAAUUCCAAGUGAAACAAGCUUCAGAGUUACUCGAGAGAGCCGGAAAGAUCAUGACUUUGCUCUCAUCUGGGUCGGGACUCAACAACAGCAAGGACAGUAUCAUCGAGCCCGAACUCUUCUUCAUGUACACCUUAAAUGCCUACGACAUACACGGAAGACUCAACAAUUCACCAUUCCAGCAACUCCUGGUCAAGACUUAUGCAGGAUCCAAGGCUUGUAACCCCAACUAUCUUCUUCAAAUCGGCAUGUUUGCCUCCCAAGGCCCGAGAUCCAACCCCGAGGUAGCAGCAUUCGCUCUAAACGAAUGCCUCGCAACCCUCAUCUCAUCUCCUACACCCGAAUACCCCAUGGUGGCACUCAUAAUCAGGAAGCUUAUUGCAAUAUCUAGCGUCCACAAAGGGGAGACAGACGAUGAAACGAUUCAUAACAUGUAUAAGCAAGCUUACAGAAUCAUGAUCGGAUUAAAGGACAGGGAGUACCCGACUGAGGAAGGGAAAUGGCUUGCAAUGACAGCUUGGAACCGAGCAGCAUUGCCCGUGAGGCUUGGACAGAACGAAACAGCGAAGAAGUGGAUGAAAAUCGGGUUGGAAAUUGCGGGGAAGGUCUCGGGCAUGGAUACUUACAGAGCUUGUAUGGAGGAUUACCUUGCUGAGUUUGAGACCAGAGUUUCUUCAGCAGCGUCAGACAGAACAACUUAAAGUCCUCGACAGUGCAUGAACCUUAACUGCUACACCACGUCAGAUCAGGCAUCC